AUAUCCUCACUUGAGUCCCAAAUACAAGGAGUCUUUUGAUGUGGGCUGUAACCUUUUUGCCAAGUUUUCUGCAUAUAUUAAAAAUACAAAAAAGGAAGCAAAUAAAAAUUUUGAAAAAUCUCUGCUCAGAGAAUUUAAGCGUCUGGAUACCUACUUAAACACCCCACUUCUGGAAGAAAUUGAUGCAAACAGUGCUGAGGAGCUCACAGUGUCUAGAAGAUUAUUUUUGGAUGGGGAUCAGCUAACACUGGCGGACUGCAGCUUAUUACCCAAACUGAACAUUAUUAAAGUAAGUUGUUCCCAGCAUGGGAGGAUUUGUCAAUUGGCAGCAUGA